AUGGGGGAAAUCAUCGUCCAAGAAUCGAGGCCCUCGCCGCCAGCGGGAGCCAUUGAUAAGGUCGACACCACCCCAGACACCGACAGCCUAGCAUCCUCCGAAGAACCCGUUCCGAUCUUGGAGCCUCCUCCUCGUCACUCGAGCGCGAAUCCUCCCGAUUCACUGACUGAAGAUGGAACCACAUAUGUCUACCUGGCAUUUGACACUGACAUCCCAUUCGACGACUUCUCGUCUGGCGCAUCUUCGAUACCUCCGCCGAAUCUCAAACAAUAUGAAUCACCACUCACCUGGUCCACCACGCACAAGACCAUCAUCUUGAUAUUGUCGUGUGGCUGUACCUUUCUUGCCGCGUACAGUGCUGGUUCCUAUUCCAUCGCAGCGGAUCCUCAACGAGAGAAAUGGAAUCUGUCUGAAGUCGCCUUCAACACCGGUGUCACGACAUGGGCCACAGGCUUCGCCGUCUCCCCCAUGUUCCUUGCGCCAUUCUCCGAAAUCAACGGUCGGCGACCCGUCUUCAUUGGUUCCGCAGUCAUGUUUCUGGCGGGUCUCAUCGCCUGUGCAACCACUCCGUCCUUUGGCGGAAUGCUUGCAGCUCGAUUCUUCGUCGGGGCUGGGGCCAGCACCUUUGCGACCAUGGUUGGAGGAGUCAUGUCAGACUUGUAUCAUGCUGAACAUCGGAACACGCCAAUGGCCAUCUACAGUGGCUCCGCACUGGCAGGCACUGGUCUGGGACCACUUGUCUCCGGCUUCAUCGUCGGUCGCGCCAAUUUCCGCUGGGUCUACUAUCAUCAGAUCAUAGCCCUGGGACUCAUGUUGGCCGUGGUGUAUCUCUUCUUCAAAGAAACUCGCGGUUCGGUGCUCCUCAGCCGCAGAGCCAACGUCUUGAAUGCGUACCUCGAUAAGAUCGAGAAUGGGUCGGCCAACUCUUGUGGCGAGAAGUCGAGCACACCAGCCCGUAUUCGCUACAAAGUUGCAGCAGAUGAGAGUCGAUCGUCGCUUGGCCGCAUGUUGUACCUGUCACUAACAAUUCCUUUCAAGCUUCUCACCACCGAACCUGUCGUCUUUUUCUUCUCGCUGUGGGUUUCCUUUGCAUGGGCUCUGCUGUACAUGACAUUCUCCGUUAUCCCUUUGGUGUUCCAAACCCGCCACAACUUCAACGUCGAGCAGAGUGGAGGGGUCUUCGCGGCCAUUUCUAUUGGCUCCAUUCUGGCGACCUUGUUGUCGAUAUACCAGGAAAAGUUGGCCAAGAAGAGAUGGCCCAAACUCAACAGCAGUCCAGAAGGAAGAUUGUAUUUCCCUUGUCUGGAAGGGGCGCUUCUGCCGAUCGGCCUGUUCUGGUUCGGAUGGACGACAUAUUCCUCCAUUCCCUGGAUAUCACCGGUGCUUGCCAUUGGAUGUGCACAAAUGGGUAUCUUCGUCAUCUACCUGGCCGUCUUCAACUAUCUGGCUGACGUCUACCAUCGUUACGCUUCGUCGGCAUUGGCGGCCCAAAGUUUCAUGCGGAACAUUUUUGCCGCCGUCUUCCCGCUCUUCACCAACCAAAUGUUCAACAAUCUGGAUUACCCGCCGGCUGCCAGUUUGUUGGGAGGAAUCGCCGCCUUGUUGACGCUGGUGCCCUGGGUGCUACUUUUCAACGGUGAGAAGAUUCGCGCACGCAGUAAGAUUGCGAGGCAGAUCAUGUCGACGCACGGGAAUUGA